AUGGCUCGCCGUGGUCGUGGACGGACACUUGAGGAAGAGGAAUCCUACGAGGAGGAGCAGUACCGCCUUCGUCCACCCAGAGAUCACCCGAGGGAUCACCGUGAACGCAUCUUUGAGGAGGAUGUGGAAUAUCGCCGUCGGCCCGUAAACGCACGAUUUCGGGAGGUGGACAAAGACAUCUACAAGGAGCGCAUUCGGAGUUCAAGUGCUGGGCCUUUGAUUCUCCGUAAACGCGUGAGCGAUGAGUUUGUACAUGUGCCUCGAGACGUCGAGAGGGAGAGGGAUGAGGUCCGUAUACGUAGGAGAGAACAUAGGUCGCCACCAGUGAGUUUUGAAUUCGACGAACGCAUUGUCCACAAGAGAGGAAAAUCAAGGCCUCGCGAACAUACUUUUCGCCGUGAAGAGGAUGAAGUUGUGAUACGUGAGCGAGAUUACGACAGCGAUAAUUUCUCUCGGCGCCCAAGGCAACGGCCAACUGGGCAUCUCCACGAAAUAGAUGUUGAAAUAGACCAUGGAAGGCACAAGGACGAAAUCCUCUAUCGCAAUAUAUCUAGAGAGCGGCCGAGACCAAAGCUCGAUGAGAGAGAAGACAUUUUCAUUCAUCACGAAGAUCGAAGAGCCGGUCGAGGAAGACAAUUAGAGAAAGAUGAAGUGAUCAUCAGGAGAAAUGUCGAUAGGUCAUCGUCUCGGGAGUCGUCCAUAGCGCCACAACGAUCUAUCCAUGCCCCACCGAUUCAUCAGGAUGUCAUCACGCAUCACAGGCAUAUUGAACAUGGUAGGCGUGGUCGCGGUAUCGAUGACUUGGAGAUCAUACAUCGCCGGGGAAAUGACUAUAAAUCCCCUCCUCCCGCACGACCACGUUUCGAAGAUAGAGACCAGGUUAUGACAUCGCACACCACUACUCGCGGAAGUGGCCAGGAACGUGAUCGAGAUGUCCUAGUUGUCCGCGAUCGUGACCAUCAUCAUGAUAGCCGCGACAGAGCAGAUAUCGCGGCCGAGGCUGAUUAUUACAAUCGCCGUGCUACUGCUGGUUCGUCCAUUGGAGAAGCAUACAAUGGCGCCACACAGGACUGGAGCAUUAUAGAUGUGCCACCCGGAACAAAAAGGGUAACUUUAGACGGAGUCGGCGGAGCAAGUCAAGAAAUCUCAUGGCAGCGAUAUAAUGGCGUUCGACGAUCGAAGUUCAAUGUCGAGGGAGACGAAUAUAGCUCCGAGUACGAUAAGGCCGGCAUCGGCAAGCGUUAUAUGGGAGUGAAGAAUCGCAAGGACAAGCUCUGGACCGAAAUCACAAAAGAUCUGGUCAUUGAAGAAGCACUCGAGAAAGCAGGCUAUGAGUACGAAGAAACAGAACACUUCUUCUAUGUGUUUUCGUAUUUACGAUAUGAUGAUGUUGCUCACCUUGUUCGAAUAUCCGAAGAUUUUAGACGUGCACGACGCGAAAGAAUUCGAGAGAUCCAAGCCGAGCGUGCCAUAAAAACUCAACCUCUCGCCCUUCCAGCUCCGCAUCAGCACUCGACAACAGUGCUAAUAGAUCGAACCACAAGGGAGGUGGAAGAAGAAUGUUACUCAGACGAUGAAGUGGUUCUCGAGCCCGGUCGCCGAACGUACCGGGGAAGAAGAUGGUAG